AAAGAUAAGACAAACAGGACGUUCUGAUUGAUAUAAAUAAGUGGCACAAAACUACCAGGAGGAAAAAAGCUUAUUCAUCUCCUCUAAGCCUGAGAGCUGCCAUGGCCAUUAUCAACUCCAACUUGUACUCUUUGCCCUUUAGAUCUCCUGUUGCUUCUGCUUCCAGAGAUGCAAACACAAACCCAAAAUCAGUUAAGCUAAGAGAUGACUGGAGGACAAAAUCUAGGCCAAUUCCUCCUGGUGGGACCUACCCUGCUAAAGAUCAUUGCAGUCAAUGCGGGUUAUGUGAUACUUACUAUAUUGCUCAUGUGAAGAAUGCUUGCGCUUUCUUGGGUGAUGGCAUGUCUAGAAUUGAAGGACUGGAGCCUGUAGUCCAUGGCCGAGGAAGAAAAGAUGAUUCAUUAGAUGAGACGUACUUGGGUGUCUACGAAGAACUUCUUUAUGCUCGCAAAAUUAAGCCCGUAGAAGGAGCUCAGUGGACAGGCAUAGUGACAACAAUUGCAAUUGAAAUGCUUAAAUCAGGCAUGGUGGAAGCUGUCAUAUGUGUACAGAGUGACCCAGACGAUAGAUUUGCUCCAAGACCUGUUUUAGCAAGGACACCAGAGGAAGUUCUUGCAGCUAAAGGUGUUAAACCAACACUGUCUCCUAACCUUAACACCCUUGCUCUAGUUGAGGCAGCAGGUGUUAAACGUCUUCUUUUUUGUGGUGUCGGGUGCCAGGUGCAAGCACUAAGGUCGGUCGAGCAACAUCUAAAUUUGGAGAAGCUAUACGUGCUGGGCACCAAUUGUGUGGAUAAUGGAAAGCGAGAAGGGCUGGAUAAGUUUCUAAAGGCUGCUAGUAGUGAGCCAGAAUCAGUUCUUCACUAUGAGUUUAUGCAAGAUUACAAGGUUCACUUAAAGCAUUUGGAUGGCCAUAUUGAAGAGGUCCCCUAUUUCUGCCUGCCAGCAAAUGAGUUGGUUGACGUUAUUGCCCCAUCUUGCUAUAGCUGUUUUGACUACACAAACGCAUUAGCGGAUUUGGUAGUGGGUUAUAUGGGUGUACCCAAGUAUGCUGGAGUUAGCAUGCCACGACAUCCACAAUAUGUUACUGUAAGAAAUGAACGUGGAAGAGAAAUGCUCAAUCUGGUGAAAAACCUUCUUGAGAUUACUCCAACAGUUAGUAGUGGUGAUCGUCGUCCAUUUGUUAUGGAGACCGUAAAGGCAGAUGAUAAGGCUAAGUUGGGGAAGGGUCCUGCGGAGCCUGCCCCAAAAUUUGUAGGAAAUAUAAUAGCAUUUUUGCUAAACCUGGUUGGUCCAAAAGGUCUGGAAUUUGCCCGCUAUUCAUUGGAUUAUCAUACUAUCAGGAAUUAUCUGUAUGUAAAUCGUGUGUGGGGUAAACAAAGAGCCGAGAAGCACAUGCCAUCGUAUGCAAAGAAACUUGUAGCUAUGUAUAAUCAGAAUGAUGAAAUUGAUCAGAUGCUUUCUUCCAAAUAGGGAAUUUAAAAUCCUGAUGAAAAUGUCUAGUAUGAAUGCUCAAAACUGUUAUAAAUAUUGAUGACCAGAACAGGUCAUACAGUUCCGCGCAGGAAACCAGAUUCAUAGUUGCAGCGCUGAAAUAUAGUUCAACAAAAAUUGUAUUCAGGAUCCAAGAAUUGCCAUCCGUAUAGUUAAAUUCUUCAUGUAGCUCCUUUCUUGGCAAUAAUUUGCUACUAUUACUGGUUUCAGCGUUAUGGACAUCGUUUAUCAAGCGAUAUUGAAGCUGUUCAGCAUGGAAUAUAAUGAGUAUUAGUCAUGAUUCAAACAUGAAAA